ACUAAGUGAGAAGAUAUGACUAGACAGAAGGAAAAAAAAGUUACAUUUUUAAGAUAGCGACUACAUUUCAAUGUGGCCUCCUAAAAUGAGUAUUGCUUAUGUAACACGGAUUGUUUGUUCACUAAUUGUGUAGGAUUGAGUAUCAGAAACUUUACAACAAAAUGUUUCCCAGUGGUUUGGUUGUGAUCUUAGUUCUCACGUUCUCAGUGACAGGUACAGUUUUCAUUUUCCUUGUCAGAUGAAUAGAAACUACUACGAACGAACAGAGUCUAAGGUGGAUCUACUGGCUACUCCAGAGACUAUCGCUGUUGGACUGUCCUCUAAAUUGACUUUAACCUGCAAUGUUCCGGUCAACCCAACCAUGCAUGUUAGUGCAAUACAUAUUUAUCACAGUGCUGGACCGGAGCACAACAUGUCUCAGUUGGCAAGAAUUGACUUGGCAGGCAGAAUUGUCAGCAGUCUUCCGAACAUGACCUCUGUCUCAGGGCACGUUCUUGUAAACGAAGACUCCAAUCUUACAGUGGAAUGGGUUUUCCCAACUUCAGCCCAGGCCGGCUACUACGUAUGUAAUGUCAGCUUGUCAGGGGCUCAUGCCCACAUUUACCACGAGACACAAAACCAUACAGUUGGCAAGACAAAGCCGGACUUUGUCAACAUAAUACAGGAACUGAGAAAAUUGAGAAGCUUUGUGGAAUCCAAGUUUGGAAAUCAGUCAGAAAAAUGGACGCAGACUUACGAGACUUUUAAAUCAACACAUUUUAUAAAGUUGAACCUUACAGGUAGCUCCACUUCUGAUUAUCUGUUGUCCAAGGAGCCCAACUCCACUGCCAUGCAGUCUGACGUCAUGUGCCAUCUUCUUGGAGGCUAUCUGGCGGAAGUCAGCCCACGUGAGGAGCAGGAUAUUACACAAGCUCUUCGAACGUCUGGCAAUGGGCGUGUUGAUCUCAUACUUAUAGGAGGAAGUGACGUAGAUGGCACUGGGAAUUGGAUGUACAUGCGCAAUGAGCUUCCACUAAAACUGAAUGUUUCUUUGCCAGCUGCACCAGGUCAAGAUUGUUUAGCAUUUGAUACUAAAGCCAGUUUCCGUGUGGUUCAAACCUCCUGUUCAAACCCAAGUUCCAGUGGGACCUCCUUGUUUCUCUGUCAGAUUGACACGUAAUUGUUCAAUGUUUAGUUCUAGUGAUUGAGAAAUCAUCAAAGGUAAACUGUAAAUAAUAAAAAUGUAUUCUGACAAUAUAUAUGGCUGUUCAUUUUGAUGUUAUUUUCUAUUUCCAGGGUUUAUACAAUCCUUCUUUGAUUUAAAAUAAAAUAAAUAUAUUUUCAUG